AUGAAUACUUUUCGAUAUCACUUGGUUAGUUUUUUCUCUGAUAUCCUUAUUGCGAUAUUAGGAAUAUUUGGACAUCUCUUGUUUAUAGCACUCUCACCGAUUCUCUUUGUUGCUGGAUAUUUCCAAAAGAAGAGAUUCCCAAAUCCAAAAUCCAUUGUUAUUACAGGAGCAUCUAAUGGAAUUGGCAAGGAGUUAGCUAUUGAAUAUGCUAGAACUGGUGUAACCAAUAUCUGUCUGACCGGACGUGAUAAACUUCGUUUGGAGGAGGUCGCUGACAUCUGUAAGGAAAAGGGUGCCAAUGUAGAUAUCGGAUUGAUCGAUGUUACCAACAAAGACGCUAUGAAGCAAUGGCUGGAGCAAAUGGACAGAAAGUACACAAUCGACUUGGUGAUUGCCAAUGCAGGUGUCACUGAAAUCCUGUUGCCAAACAGCAUGACCUACGAAGAGAAAGUCUACAAGGUUGGAGAGAUCAAUAUGAAUGGUAUUCUAAACACUAUCUUCCCGCUGUUGAAUGCAUUCAGAGAGAGAAAGAAUGGCCAAAUCGUACUUACCAGUAGUAUAUCUUCUUUGGUUCCAUUUGUACUGCCAGCAUACUGCGGAUCCAAAUACUGGGUCACUGGUUACGGUGCCUGUUUGAGACAGGAGUUAGCAAGCUGGGGAAUUGGAGUUACCGUGUUGGUUCCAGGAUUUGUCCGUACACAAAUGGCCGACACCAUUGAAAUGGCUCAACCAUUCGUUAAGAAGCCAGAGGUGUCCGCCAAGAUAUUCGUAGAGCACAUCAAGCAGAAUCCGGCACUGGCAACAGAUAAUCGUUCACUAUUGUAUUUGGUUAAUGUUUUGAAUAAGAUUCAACAACCAAACUUUAGAGAUGGAUAUAUGUUCAUUCAAAAUGCACUCUGGAAGGAUGGCGGAGAGAAGACAGUGCAAAUGAUAAAAAAUAAAAUAAACACAAAUCAAAAACACGUGGAUCUUAAAGAUACAUCAUUCAUUGUUGCCUGUGGUAAAACAUCUUCUACUACCUACUUGUGUCACCUGAAUGCCAAGGGAGGUGUUUUCGCAUGUUUGAGGUUAUUGGAUUUUUAUUUCCUACCAUUAAAAAUGCACUCUCUCCUCCUCAUUGCUUUCUAUUUGGUAUUGUUGACCACUCCACAAUAUAUUGGUGAAUAUGUAUUUUGUGGAUAUAAUAGUUUGGUGCAUCAGCAAAAACUAUAA